AUGGGAAAAUUGUGGGUUUAUCUCAGGUGGUACCACCUCUGCUUCACCUACGACCACCUGCAACACCUCUACAACACAUUCAUCAAUGGGGAGCUUAUCUACGAGCUUACCUACGACGUUGAUGGUCAAAUAUAUGGAAACAACGUGAGCGUGGGCCAGUCAGGACGUCAGCAAGAGAGCUUUAGUGGUGCUCUCUCACAGGUUAACAUGUGGGACUCAGUACUGAGUAUGGAGAUGAUAGCGGACAUGGCCGCCUGUGAGUACGAUCCUCAGGGUAACUACAUAUCCUGGGAGGGAGGAUGGGACCUUCACAAUAUUACGGAGUAUCAAGCUUCUCUCGAGUACUUUUGCGAACAAAUCACAGACAUUGUAUACUUUGGGUUCCCCAAACUGUCAAAACCUCAGGCGUUUUACAUUUGUGAGGCUCUGGGCUCUCACCUGCCUCUUCCGACGACCAUAAAUGAGGUUAACUUCUGGUACAAUCUCUCCUAUCGUGUUUGGCCUGAUCAGCUAGACUUAUUUAUGUGCAGUGGAUCCUUCUGGACUCCAAUCACUGACGUUAUGCACGAUGGUAUAUGGGUCAUCCACUAUGACAACACCAUUGCCUCAUCUGUAGCCUGGAAGGUUGGGGAACCUAAUGGCUUGUUCUACGAGAACUGCGCCAUCAUUGAACAAUCCGGCAUUGCAGACACUGACUGCGCCACGAACGAAAGGUGCGCAAUAUGUGAAUUCCGCGAGCUACAAAUCUUCUCCUUUCUGGGAACAUGCGAGUUAGAAGACCGCAAUGUCCACUACAGUGCCUUCCAAGAGGAUCUGGGAGAUCUAUAUUUUAAAGGAUAUGGAGAGUACCACAUCCGGAAGGUGGAUGACGACUGGUUGUGGAUCAACGUAGUGACAAACAAGACACUAGCUAGGCUAGACCCCGACGCGCCUUUCGGCAUGCCCAUGGGGCGUCGUGUCUGGUAUCUUGAGACAACAGUUUGUGACCAACGAGAAGGUUCACGGACUCUCGUUCUCACGCCUUGUGGGGCUAACAGUUAUACCUGUGAUGAUGCGACAUGCAUAGCCCAUGAGAACCGUUGUGACCACAAGUACGACUGUCUCGAUCACAGCGAUGAGGUUGGCUGUGAGCUCAUCAGGUUCCCGGAAGAUUACAACAAGGAUCUGCCGCCAGAAAUGAGUGAUAAAGAAGGCAGCGCGAACUUGCCAUUAACUUUGAACAUUAGUAUCGAGUUCACCAACAUCUACACCAUGCAGAUGGUGAUGCAGGUGUCUUAUAAGAUUCAGAUGAUUUGGUUCGAUAAUCGACUCGUUUAUUGUAACCUGAAGGCUAACCACAGACUCAAUAAGGUGAACUACACAAACAUGAUGAGCCUCUGGUUACCCACCGUUGGGUUCAUCAACACAGAGGGGCACCAACGUACGACGGUCGACGAAGAAUCUUCACUGUACGUGCGGAGGUUGCAGCCAGCCAGGUUGAGGGAUAACAGCUUCUCCCGCGAGAUGGAUCUGUUCUCAGGCGAGGAGAACUCUCUCUUCUUCUCCAGGAAGUACAGCACCCCUUUCAUAUGUGAUUUUAACCUGGUGUUGUACCCGUUUGAUGUUCAGUACUGUGACAUGCGCCUCCAGAUAAUCUCAGGCACCAAAGACUACAUCACUUUCGACAAGGUGGCCUCCUUCGCUGCGUACUACGGCAGUGCCUGGCUGCUGGAGUACCAGAUUCGGCAACCUAAGAUCAUUUUUGACAACAAUAACGAGUUCAGCGAAAUGAAAGUUCGGAUCCCACUACAGCGACUCUCAGGUUAUGCUGUCCUUAACAUCUACAUUCCCUCUACCAUUCUCCUGGUGAUCUGCUACAUCACACUCUUCCUUCGUCCGCACUUCCUUGAGGCUCGCGUUAUGACCACACUCACCUCCUUGCUGGUCUUGGCCACUUUGUUUACACAGGCAUCAGCGACGCUGCCCAAGACAUCAUACUUCAAGAUGGUCGACGUGUGGAUCCUCUUCUGCAUUGUAAUGAGCUUUAUAAUAAUUAUCUUCCACACCAUUAUUGACAAACUGGUGGACGACACAGCCUCUGCUCUCCCACCACUGACCAAGGUAUCACCUGCUGCUGCUGCUGCUGCUGCUGCUGCUGCUGCUGUCGACGGCCGGCCACCCAACACCACCUCCAGGAGCCUCCGUAACUUCAACACUGCCAGGGGCUUCAUUCUGUUCUCUAGGUCCAGCCUUGUGGCUAUUUUUGCAGUCUUCAACUUUAUCUAUUGGUCUUACAUAUUUGGCUGAGCUACAGCUCUUGUUCCAGAUGAUUAUUUUAGUUAAGAUCGACUAAGUUAUUUUCCUUGUAAAUUCCUAUUGAAAAUACUAAUUGAAAUUAACUUUGAGUGUAAUAUAACAUUAACUUUGAGUGUAAUAUAACAUUAACUUUGAGUGUAAUAUAACAUUAACUUUGAGUGUAAUAUAACAUUAACUUUGAGUGUAAUAUAACAUGUAUACUGAGAGACAUAAACCUCUCGAUGAAUGUCUUAAUUUUAUUGGCUGUGUAUUUAAUUUCACGAAUCAACUUCGUCAAGUCUAUAUAAGACGUCACUGUCUAUUGCUCUUUGAAGAUUUAAACUUUUAUCUUGAUUUUACUUUAUAUUAUUUCAUAAAAAAA